AUGACGGAAAAGGGGAGCGAGCGCGUGAGGUCAAACAGCUCAUUCGCUCUGGGAAUUACUGAACUACCUACUGGCCGCUAUGCCGAGUCCAAGAGAGGGCUUAUGGUUGACGAAGAACGCGCCGAUGCAUUUGGUCUCUUGGUGAUAUUGGCCGUCAACCGGAAGCAGGAGCGUUACUUGCACACCUGCCUGGAGGCAUUUGUCAACCUGCAAGAAGAUAGACCGUUGGUAGAGCUCAUCUACGAGUUCCCGUUAUACGACGAUGCAUCUAUGGCAUCCUUUACUUGUACUCUCAACGAUCAUAUCAUCCGUGGGCUGGUAAAGGAGCGCCGGAAGGCACGAGAGACGUAUGAUGAAGCCAUCUCGCGGGGCCAGUCUGCCAGUCGUCUCGACCAAUCAGUUGAUGCCGGCGAUGCCUUCACCAUGAGAAUCAGCAGUGCCCCUCCUAAAGCCAAGGUCAAGGUUGAGAUCAUAUACUUGAGUGAGCUUAGGGGACGACGCAGAAAUAAAUGGCAUGCGGCUCUCAUUACCGAGAUCGGCUGCACCACGCUAUAG